CACGUGAUAGCCCGCCCUCUCUUUUCAAACGCCAUGUUUUCUGCGCACCUCCAUCGCGACCAAUUGGCAGCAACACUAACGCACAGGUGCAACUGAGAUCAUGAGUGAAAAAAUGGAAGCUUUCAAGCCAGAGGAUGUUUCUUUGGAUGAAAAUUCAGUCAUAGAAGAAGAGGAGGAGAAGAAGAAGAAGAGAAAGAAGAAGAGUCCAUCUGAUGAUACAGAGCAGGAUGAAUCAGAAAGCCCUAAACCUAAAAGCAGGUCUAAACCCAAAUUGUUCGAACCUGAAAUUCUUGAAGGAAAACGGGAGAAAAAAAUCAUCCAGAGACUUGAUUUGAUGAGUAAACCGAAGGAAAAGCCAAAGAUUGAGAGCACAGGAAGCGGUGCCAAACUGGGAGACAUUGCACGGAUUAAUCACUCCAUCGGAAAGCUUAAAGCGCCUCUGCUCAAGCCUCUGCAUAAGAUUGUAUAUGAUCGCCCGGGAACUGCGUCAACACUGCGUAAAAAUCUUCGGCUGUUUAAUGGAUUUCCUUUUGGAGAGGACAAUGACCUUUACAGCAAGAAAAUGGAGAAGGUGAAAAGGCUUCACAAGGAACAACUCAGAACCAUUUGUCAGACUCUUGAUCUGGAGAGGUCUGGAACACAAAUUGUUCUUUCAGAGAGGAUCAUGAAAUUUCUUGCACGUCCAACCAACUCAGGAAAGCCUGUCCUAAAGAAGAAAAAGAAGAUGACCAAGGAUGCCAAAAGAGAAAAGUCUUCAUCCAAAAGUAAAAGGACACAGAAAAAAGUAGAAAGCGGGAAGUCCAAACCCAUUGUCACUGAUUCCAGUAGUGAUGAUGAUGAUGAUGAUGAUGAAGAGGGUAAAGAGAACAGUAAGGACACUGUGAAGUCCGCAACAGCAAAUCAAGAAAAUAAAGACAGUGGUGAUAAAUCUUCUGAUAAAGAGGAAGAUGAUGAUGAUGAUGCUCUUGAAGAUGACAGCAAGGAGGAAGAAAAUUCUCCUCCUCCUCAGAAGAAAUCUUUAACCACAAAGUCUACAAAGAAAUCUGAAAAGUCAGAACAGACUGCAUCAGAUGAAAGUGACCAAGACGUUCAUGAAAACAAAAAUGCAAAAAAGACAAAAAAGAAACCUGCAGCAAACAGGAAAGCUCCAGCAAAGCCUGUCCCAAAAACCAAGAAAGCUGACAGCAGCAGCAACCGAGGGAAAAAGAAAGCAAGCAAGAGCAAGGAUGAAAGUGAAAGCUCUGAUGAUGAUCAGCCACUGAUCAAGAUGGUUAAAAAACCACCAACUGAAGAACAGUUAAAGGAGGCAAUCAAGGAUCUCUUGAAAGAUGCCAAAUUGGAGGAAGUUACGAUGAAGCAGAUUACCCGAAAAGUUUAUGGCAAGUAUCCUGACUUUGAUCUGACCAGCAGAAAGGAAUUCAUCCGGGAGACAGUUAAAGGUUUGAUAUCCUGAAGUGAAGAAAAUGCCUUAUUUAAAAGGACAGCGAGGAUGAAGAUUGUGUAGAAAACUCGAUUUUCAUUACACUGUUCAUUAUUGUGUAGUUUUUAUUUUUAUUUUAUAUAAGGUUUCUCAACUUUCCAGCAAAUUCUGCUUUUUUGUAUUUUAAAAAAAGUAUUUUUUAAAGUUUACAUUUUCACGUUUGACAAUGAAUGAUGUGGGUGGUUUUGGUUGUUGAAACAUGCCACAUUUUUAAAGUGACCCUUUUCGUCCUUAUUUUUAAUGGCACAUAGCCAUACAUAGUCACUAUAUUGCAUUUUGACAGUCACAUUUGAAUGUCUUGGCUGUGUCAGUAAGUCCACAAGUUGCCAUGGCCUGCAGCUGCAUUACCGUUGGCAUGUUGCCAUGAUACUGUAUGCAAUACUUAGGAAGAUUUCAUUGUUCGGUUGGUCUCACCUGUUAUUAGUGCUGAGUUUCAUUUCUUAGGUCCUAAAUGCUGAAUGCAAA